AUGGAACGGAACAACGCCACUGACCAGGCCGCUGUCAAGCAAAGCCAGAUUGAUGAGCUAAUUGCUGAACGCGAUGAACUUAGCCACACCCUGGUCCGCAUGACAGUCAGCAACCAAGCAGCAAGUCGAGGUGUCACCCCCUCUGAGACUACCCGGAGGUCUGUCAAGAUUGAUGACCCAAAACACCUCACUGACGGCAAGGAGCCAAAAUUUGAACACUGGCUCUCCCGGAUGAAGAACAAGCUCCGGGAGAACGCUGACCACUACCCUACUGAACGCAUGAGGAUUGCAUACAUCGAAAACCGGACUGAUGGGGACGCGGCACGUCACAUUGCGCCCUGUAUGGAAGAGGACCACCCCGAGCGAUAUCAGACUGCAGAAGAGAUAUUUGAGCACCUCAAGUCAAUAUAUGAGGAUGCUAACAAGCUGCAAAAUGCCAAGAGUGAUUAUCGCAAGCUGAUUAUGCGCAAUGGGGACAAUUAUCAUGAAUUUGUCACAAAAUUCUUACACCUGGCAGGUGAGGCCAAGAUUGCCAGGGGGGACUACAAGACAGACUUCAAUGACAAGCUGUCCUUUGACCUCCAGAAGAUGGUAGCAGUAGCCAAUGCGACCACUGAUACAUAUGCUGAGUUUCAGAAAAUCUGUGCGCAGGCAGCUCACACCCUCCAGACAAUCAAUGCCACCCAGAAAUCAAAGAGCUCGCGGGGAAAUGGGCCUAAUACCUUCAAGCAGAACACCCUGCGGACCGCCAACAGUCAAACACCCCCCAGCAUCUCUACAACAAAAUCCCCUACUGUGAAGGAGGCCUUGAGCUCUCGUCCGGAUAUUCAGUGCUACUACUGUAAGGAAAAAGGCCACAUUGCCAGGAACUGCCCUGCAAAGCAGAAGUCCCAGCAGGUGAUUGCUGAGCUCACAGGGAAUGAUGCCCCUGAGCCUUCAGCAGAUUCGGGAAAAGAGAAGUUUCAAGAACUCCCAUUCAAAUGCCGCAUGAAGGGAUACAAUGGCGCCCCCGGCGGGGUGAUAGACCGCACAUUGACCCUAAACCUCUGGGUGGAUGGCCGGAGAUUUCAGAAUGUCCCUCUGCUGGUAACAGACCUAGGCCAGCACCCUGUCAUCCUGGGACGGAAGUGGUUGGCAGCACAGGAUAUAUGGCUUGAUGUUAAAAACCAACGCCUGGUUUGGCCGAGUGAACGGUCUAUCCCUGAACAGGUGGCGGAGCCGAUGUUGAAGAUAGUACCCUGGUCAGUACUGAAGCGCCCAGACCCCAAGCCUGAGCAUCAGGCGGAUGUGGAACGAAGAGAGAUCAAGCUGGAUGAGGAGAUCAGACAGGAGCAUCAGGCUCAGCUCCGCAGAUUGAAAGGGACCAGCUCAGUCGUGAUGCCUGAGACAAGGCAGGGGCUGACCUGGGAGGAGACAGCACCACAGAUGAUGGAUAUGAACUUCAUUGGGGCUGCUUCCUUCCAUGGUUAUAUGAAGAACAAGAAGUCAACAGUCUUCAUAACCAGUCUGUAUGAAAUUGAUAAACAGCUUGAGGAGAAGCGGGGUUUAGUGGGAGCUGAGGAUGAGUCUGAUGAGGAGCUGAUCAGCAACUUACCAGAAUGGGCAUUGGACAUGCGCCUCUAUAUAAGACCUCCUAUAUAA